CCGACCUUCUCUUGAUAUUUUCAGCCACCAUCUCUUCCAUUGCAUUCGGUUAAAUGGAAUUGGAGAGUUUUCAACCUUCUUUUGGUUUGGCCGUCAACCUGAAUGUUCGUUGUCUGGUUGGCUUGCACGGGUCCCACAAAGAUGAUGGAUUGGACGAAGCAUUUAGCGCCGCAUUGGAUGAAGCCUCAGGUGAUGCCGAUCUGCUUCAGUAUACUUUGGAGUUGGAUGACACCGAUCGAGUGCAGUUUCUAGUCGGCUCUCAAUCUUUGAAAUCCAAUCUCAGUCAGUUGACGCUGGUGACGUUGCUUGAAUCAGACGGUAGUCAGCCAACUCACGUUACCAAGCAAACGUUUGCCCACCCAGAUGGGGAAGUCAUCGACUUGACUGCACUGGCUGCCCAACCAGAUUGGGUUGUAUCCACCUAUUCUGCGUAUUGUAUCGAUCAGCCGGAACUGCGCAGUGGUGCACGUGUGUGGCGAUUGCCCAGCACAGCAAAUACCUCCUCUCGUGCUGCUGACGGAAGUGGUGAGUUUCUCGGACUAACGGAGAGAACCGGUGACCCUACAAAUACACUGGAAUAUGUCACCACACUUCCACUUGACCGGUAUGCAGGUGUUCGACGAAUCGCUUCUCACCCGUCCUCGACUUGUGCAGAUCUGGCUUGUGUUGUCGGUCCACCACGUGACACCACAAGUUCGAAAGCCGGAUUGUCAAGCUCGUCUAAUUUGGCCACAAGCUACCUUACUGUUUUGCAAGCUCCAUCCGCUUCAGGAUCGGGUGACUACCGCGAAUCAGCCAGUGCCCAGUUAUGCCUUCCACAGUCCCCGUCGGCCAUAUUCACAAGCCACUUGAGAACCAACCUGGGACAUUUGUACAAAACAUUCAAUUCAGCAGGCCGCUUGGCUAUCACCUCGCCACCGUACGCUAUACGCUGGUCCUCUUAUCAACAGGCCGGACAGUUGGCUGUGGCUUUCGAAUCUGGUGUUUUGGGAUGGGAUAUUCGAUCGAUGAAACCUUCCUUCUGGCUCGAAGCAGCCCACUGGCCGUGUGUUCGCGAUCUGGACUUCAAUCCACACCGUCCAAAUCUACUGGUCACUGGAGGGGAUGAUGGUUAUAUACGGCUUUGGGAUCUACGCUUCUUAAAGCCGAAACCCCGCUCGGACGUUUCGGCCACCAAAGAUUACAAAACGUUAUCCCGCGCGGAAUCCGAGUUUUCAACGAAACCUCUCUACUCCAUCCAGGCACAUUCCCACUGGGUCUGGUGUGUUCGAUACCAUCCAACACGAGAUCAACUCCUUCUCUCCGCCGGAAGUGACUGUCGCGUUUACAUGUACAGUUUGGCCAGCUUUUCUUCCGAUGCAAUAUUCCGAUCCACAGACAAUAUGAACUCCGAUCGUGAACAGCUCAGCGAUCAUCGUUCGGUUGGCUCGUCUGGCAACAGCGUGAAUGGUGAAAUCCCCCGAGGAGAAAAGACUUCUGAUGGUCCCAUUGGAAAACUGGAACAGCACGAGGAGAGCGUUUAUGCAGUCGACUGGAGUCCGGUUGACCCGUGGUACUUUGCCUCGGUGAGCUACGACGGUAAUCUGUUGAUCAAUCAGGUCCCAGAGCCGGUAAAGCUGAAUAUCCUACUACACACUCAGGAAGAGUGACCCUGUGAUAUGAACGGCCCAUUUCUUCGUGAUAGUGUUUUUUCCAUUUGUUUCUCAUAAAAUAUAUUAUACCUUUCGUG